UUCCUUUACUCUACCUUCCCUUACCUUCCUUUUUAUCAACGCCCUUGAAUGGCCCCUCCCCCUCCUAACUCAGUCGACGGCUCUUUCUUUGGAAAUACCUCCUGUCCUACAUAUCGCCGUGGAUCCUUAACGACUUCUCUCAUGGCCGUCCCUAUGCACUACAGCCACAGCCACAGCCAUAACAACCACAACCACAACCACAACCAUUCCAAGACUCAAACCCAUCGCCAACCCUCAGCUUCCCUUAUUUCCAGACUUCGACAACCUUUCUUUAGAUCCGAUAAACGCUGGAGAUGGUGGCAUGCUCUCGCAGCCCUUCUUGUCUUCCUUGGACUUGUUGAACUAGUAGCCCUUAUGACAGGAUGGGCUCUUCUACAAGACGAUAUUCAACCUGGGCGGAUAGCCGUGCGCCAAUACCCAGCCAUGUCUUAUCGACACCUAAACACCUCUGCACCAAUUAACCUUUCGUCUGACACCGUUGUAUUUCACAUCACUGAAGAGUUUGGCUUAGCUAACACUGGAUCUCUCGGUGCGGCUGUUACAGCAUUGGCUGCUGCUCAACAGAAAUCUGGCCUCGCUCAAGUUUCUGUCGUAAUGCCCUUUUAUUCAUUUCUCAAGAACAAAUACACCCUCAAACGUAGUGCGGACUUAAUCAUCGAUAUUCGUGACAAAGAUAAUCGACCCGUGCCAAUAGAGUUCCGUGUCUGGAAAACAGAACAUGUGUUUGCCACCUCACCAAACGCCACCUCAACCACAAGUAUUCCUCUCUAUUUGAUCGGCCCUGGAAAUAGACCCCCGUUCAGCCAGGCCUUCCGUGCCAAAAAUGCACUUCAUAUCAACUCUCCCCAAAAAGGUCUUCCACGAGAAUGGAGAGAUCAGUAUUUUGGAAAGGCAGCAGCAGCAUUUGUGGCUCACCGCACAUCCGCCAUGGACGAGGUUUCGCUAUUUGCACCCAUGGAAACAGUCGCGCGUGUGGAUGUAGUUCAUUUACACGGAGCAACAACUGCCUAUGCUGCAAAACACAUGCGUGACCGACGUGAUACUAACCAACUUGGCCCCAAACCCCCUGUGUUUGUAUACACACUACAUGAGUACAACCGUGAGCUGCAGCAUGCCCAUUCGAUAAACAGCGUACAAAAGUUCCUCGACGACCCAGCCUUGUUUGUCAAUGCACGAACUUCUAACCAGAACAAAGCUUUCCUGCAGCGUGCUCGCCAGGUUAUCGAAUCCCAAAGCUACACACACAACCAACGGGUUUUCCUGUCUGGACUUGCGGUGGCUUCGGCAGAUAUGGUAACUGUGGCAAGCCAGUCAAUGGCAUCAGACAUGGUCCAGGGUAUUCUUGACGUGCCAAUGAAGGAAAUGAUGAUGGACAGUCUUUUGUUAAAGGCCCAGAACCGGCGUUUCUUCGGUGUCUCCCACGGCAUCAACUUUGACAACGUCAGCCCAUUUACCCACCCUAAGCUUAUCCAACGCGGCCUCUCUUUCCCUAACCAUGCCCUGAACUUAAUCCAGCAACAGUCUGUGCCUGCGCGCCAAACGGCCCCUACACAACGCUCCCAAUGGACCCUUGGAGCAUCCCCUAAUGAUUUUGUUAGUACAUCCAAAGACAGAGCAAAGCGGUUCUUGGUCCGUCGCAAGCUGCUCAGUGAAGAAGAUUCCAAACGCCCGAUGGUUUUAUUCACCGGCACAUUCCACUACAGCAACGGAGCUGCCAGCUUUGAGGAAGCGGCCAUUUACUUCCAGAAAUACAACAUGCGUCUCGUGCUGCUCGGCCAGCCUGGCGAUUAUCCCUUUGAAAAGCUUGAAGCGCUUCAGGCCAAGUAUCCCGAGACUGUCCUCAUUCUCGCAACACCCAAAGAAUACCGCCAAUGGUCCGUACUGUGCCGUGCCGCGGCCGAUGUUCUUUUUGUACCUGGCCAUCCUGGCACCAGUCUGAGUGCAAUUGAAGGCAUGUUAUAUGGUGCUUCUGUUCUUUCCACCGGCUCUGGAAGUCUGCGGGAUAUUCUGAUUGAUCGCCCUGUCUGGAAAGAAGAACAAAACCAAGAAAACGAAUUCAAACGUGAUAUUCGCAUCAUGCGCAACAAAGAAACAAAGAUUCCAACUGUAGCCAGCUUAGAACACUUCAAUGCCUAUCUAUUCGAUGACAAAACCAAGACCAGUCUUGAGAAAGCUAUUUUCGAUCUUAGCAACGACCUUGCAAAGACCACCGAAAGUAAGGCACUUCGCGAGGAGUACUGUCUACGCAUGAUCCAUAGUGCUAUGGCCUUGGAUUGGGAACGCCCCCAAGGUCCAAUGGAGGAAUACAUGCAAGUUUACGAAGUAGCCCUUCUGGACCGUAAACUUCCCUCCCUCACCCAACACGUGGUUGAAGAAGAAGAGUUUGUGCUGAACCGCUUGAUGCUUCAGGAUCAGCAGUUGUAAAAAAAAAGGCUUCUUCUUCCACAGCCUAGGCACGAUAGACUCCUUUGUUUUUUCUUUUAUAUUAAAAAAAAGACUUGUAGGCAUAUAGAAGACUGUAAUUUUCUUUAUUAUUUCAUCGCUUUCUAUAUAAUCUUUAUUUCUUUGUUGUAUCAUAGCAAACCAUUCAUUCACUUUCUGAUCACUUUUUCUUCUUCUUUUUAUCUCUAUCUCACACACACACAAACUUUCAUCUCUAUAUUUAUUUUAUUUUUUUGCUGAUUUACAGUAAAAAUUUCCAUUCAUUUAUACUUUCAAAAAUAUAGUAUCAAGACUACCAAGUCUAUUUCCUUGGCCUUAAACAUU